GGGGGCGGGAGGGGGAGGGGCGGCCCUGAGGAGGAUACCCGGCGACGUCUUUGAUGUUGGCGACGAACGCCAUUGAGUGAGUGAGUGAGAGAGAGAGAGAGAGAGAGGAGAACAUGUCCACCAAAGCCGAACAGUUUGCAUCUAAGAUCCGUUAUUUACAAGAGUACCACAAUCGGGUCCUUCAUAAUAUUUAUCCUGUGCCAUCUGGAACCGAUAUAGCAAACACAUUGAAGUAUUUUUCACAGACUUUAUUAAGCAUUUUGUCCCGCAUAGGGAGGAAGGACAACCUGGAUGGCUCCAAUUUGACAGUCCCCAUGACUAUGUGUCUUUUUCCUGUGCCAUUCCCACUCACCCCAUCCCUAAGACCUCAAGUCAGUUCCAUCAACCCUACUGUUACUCGCUCCCUCCUUUACAGCGUCCUCCGUGAUGCUCCCACUGAGCGUAGUCAGCAAAGUCGGGAUGCACAACUUUCAGAAUACCCUUCACUGGAUUAUCAAGCCCUCUAUGUGACACUGGUGACUCUGCUUGACCUGGUUCCUUUGCUACAACACGGCCAACAUGACUUAGGGCAGUCCAUAUUUUAUACAACAGCCUGUUUGCUGCCAUUCCUCAACGAUGACAUUCUGAGCACUUUACCUUACACCAUGAUUUCCACUUUAGCAACUUUCCCUCCAUUUCUUCACAAGGAUAUCAUUGAGUAUCUCAGCACCUCUUUCCUUCCAAUGGCCAUAUUGGGCUCAGCCAAGCGAGAAAGUGUUCCACCCUAUGUGAAUGUUUCUGCAUCGGCAAUGUUGAUGAUUGCUAUGCAGUAUACAACAAAUCCUGUGUAUCAUUGCCAGUUGCUCGAAAGUCUUAUGAAGUACAAGCAGGAGGUCUGGAAAGAUUUAUUGUAUGUGAUAGCCUAUGGUCCCUCUCAAGUUAAACCCCCGGCUGUUCAGAUGCUCUUCCACUACUGGCCCAAUUUAAAGCCACCUGGAGCUAUCAGUGAAUACAGAGGUCUACAAUAUACAGCUUGGAACCCUACCCAUUGUCAACAUAUUGAAUGUCAAAAUGCGAUCAACAAACCUGCUGUAAAGAUGUGCAUCGAUCCAUCAAUUUCCGUGGCACUGGGUGACAAGCCACCUCCGUUAUACUUGUGCGAAGAGUGUAGCCAAAGGAUUGCAGGUGAUCAAGCUGAAUGGCUAAUUGAUGUUCUUCUUCCGCAAGCUGAGAUAUCUGCUAUAUGUCAGAAGAAGAAUUGUAGCUCACACGUUAGGAGAGCGAUUGUUACCUGCUUCUCGGCAGGAUGCUGUGGCCAUCAUGGGAACAAGCCAGUUCGCUACUGCAAAAGGUGUCAUUACAACCACCACAGCAGUGAGACUGAUGCUGCCGCAGAGUCUCACCUGUAUCAGACGUCUCCCCCUCCUAUGAGCACCAGAGAGUGUGGUGCAGAAGAACUAGUUUGCACUGUGGAAUCAGUCGUCAGUUUGUUGAAGGAGGCUGAAUAUUACGCAGAGCAGAGAGAGUACGAAUUAAAUCGGAGAAGACAGAUGGGUUUGUCCUCGUCCCAUCAUUCCCUGGACAACGUGGAGUAUGAUAACAAGGAUGAUGAUAAACCUGAUCAGCGACUCCUCAGCCAGUUUGGAAUCUGGUUUUUGGUCAGUCUUUGCACUCCAAGCGAAAACACACCAACAGAAAGCUUAGCCAGGUUGGUGAGCAUGGUAUUUCAGUGGUUCCAUUCCACUGCUUACAUGCUUGACGAUGAAGUCGGCAGCCUGGUAGAAAAACUCAAGCCUCAGUUUGUCACCAAAUGGUUGAAGACUGUUUGCGAUGUUCGAUUUGACGUAAUGGUUAUGUGCCUUCUUCCUAAGCCUAUAGAAUUUGCAAGAGUUGGUGGGUAUUGGGACAGGUACUGCACACCUGUGACGCAACUUAAGGAGGGAUUGAAUCGAAUUCUGUGUCUCAUUCCGUACAAUGUCAUAAACCAGGCUGUGUGGGAAUGUAUCAUGCCUGAGUGGUUGGAAGCUAUCCGUACAGAGGUGCCAGACAACCAACUGAAAGAGUUUAAGGAAGUUUUAAGCAAAAUGUUUGAUAUUGAGCUCUGUCCAUUGCCAUUUUCCUUGGAGGAGAUGUUUAGUUUUAUCAGCUGUAGAUUCUCGGGUUAUCCUGCUUCAGUACAGGAACAAGCCUUACUUUGGCUUCAUGUUUUAUCAGAACUGGACAUUUUAAUUCCCCUGCAGCUGUUGAUCAGUAUGUUUUCUGAUGGUGUGAACUCUGUCAAGGAACUGGCCAGUCAGAGAAAAGCAAGAGCUAGCGAAUUGACAGGAAAUCUGGCUGCUCGAAGGGUCAGUGUUAUAUCCGAUCCUGGACGAAGGACCCAGCUUGCUACUCUCAGUCCAUAUCCCAGCCCUUUCCGUAGCCCAUUCCAUAGCCCGAUGCGCAGUCCGUUCCGAAGUCCUUUUAAGAAUUUUGGCCACACAGGAGGAAGAACCAUUGACGUAGACUGUGAGGAUGAUGAUAUGAACCUGUCUUGCUUUAUUCUGAUGUUUGAUUUGAUAUUGAAACAGAUGGAAUUACAAGAUGAUGGGAUAGUCCUAGGCCUUGAUCAUGGCUUGUCCAAGGACAUAAUUUCCAUAAUAAACAAUGUAUUACAAGCUCCAUGGGGAGGUUCACAUACUUGCCACAAAGAUGAAAAGGCAAUUGAAUGCAUCCUAUGUCAAUCCAGCAUUUUGUGCUACCAACUUGGGUGCGACCUGCUGGAGCGAUUGGCACCGAAAGAGGAAAUCAAACUUGUGGAACCCACUGACAGCUUUGAAGAAAGUAUGUUGUUUUCUCGACCUGAAUUCACUAUAGGCUUUGAAGGAGAGGAGGAUGAGAAUUCACCUGAAAAUCAGGAGGGAAACCCGAGCUGCAAGAAUGAAAAUACAGAAAACCUUGAAGUCAAGAAUGAUGCUGAAAGGAAAUUCAAUUAUCAGCAGCUACCUAUUACAUUGAAACUAAUACAUACAAUACUGCAGGAAAUGCCAAAAUUCGAGGAGCCAGACAUUCUUUUCAGUAUGCUGAACUGUUUAAGGAUACUGUGCCUUCAUGGAGAAUGUUUGUAUCUGGCGAGGAAAGAUUACCCGAACUUCCUCGCUUAUAUUCAAGACACAAUGUUAAUUUCGAGCCUUUGGAGAGUGCUUAAGUCUGAAUUCUCGCAACUUGCUUCUGUGGCAGUACCUUUGUUCCUCCAUUCUCUUUCUCUGUCUCAUGGUGCGGAUAUAUUCUGGGGCAUUGUCGACAGUAAUUUUAACAGCAAAGACUGGAAAAUGCGGUUUGACGCAGUGGAGAAAGUAGCUGUUCUGUGCAGAUUUUUGGAUAUCCAGUCAGUGACAAAGAACCAUCUGCUGAAGUACUCGCUAGCCCAUGCCUUCUGCUGUUUCCUGGCUGCAGUUGAAGAUGUUAAUCCAGCAGUGGCUACAAGAGCCAGACUGUUGCUUGACUCCAUCAAACGACCAGCUUUACAAGGCCUGUGUCUCUGUCUUGACUUUCAAUUUGAUACUGUGGUGAAGGAUAGACCAACGAUUCUCAGCAAGUUAUUUCUACUUCAUUUUUUAAAAGAAGAUAUUCCAGCGUUAAGUUGGGAGUUCUUUGUGAAUCGAUUUGAUACACUGUCUCUGGAGGCACAACUCCAUUUGGAUUGCAAUAAAGAAUUCCCUUUUCCUACAACUAUAACUGCUGUACGGACAAAUGUUGCCAACCUAAGUGAUGCCGCUUUGUGGAAAAUCAAGAGGGCUCGCUUUGCACGGAACCGACAGAGGAGUGUGCGCUCGCUCAGAGACAGUGUGAAAGGUCCCGGGGAAUCCAAGAGAGCACUUUCCCUCCCAGAAACUCUGACCACCAAGUUGCCUAUGCGUCUGAUGAGACACGAACAGUCAGCUCCAAUUCUUGCUUCCAUGAUGGAGCACGGUUUGCCUGGUCAUCAUUCUCCAGAGGAUGACGCAAUCAUUAAGGACCUUUUACCGGAGGAUGCUGGAAUUGAUCACCAGACAGUCCAUCACUUGAUUACGGUUCUCAUGAAAUUCAUGGCAAAGGAUAAAAGCAGCGCGGAAGCUGAUAUCAGCAGUGCCAAAGCGUUCAACACAGUGAAACGUCAUCUCUAUGUCUUACUUGGCUUUGAUCAGCAGGAGGGAUGCUUUAUGAUUGCCCCUCAGAAAAUGCGGAUUUCCACUUGCUUUAAUGCCUUUAUCGCUGGAAUAGCACAGGUUAUGGAUUAUAACAUUAGUCUGGGCAAGCAACUCCUUCCUCUCGUGGUGCAGGUGCUUAAAUACAGCACAUGUCCACAGCUUCGUCAUUACUUUCAGCAGCCACCACGCUGUUCUCUGUGGGCACUAAACCCUCACAUACGACAAAUGUGGCUGAAGGCUUUGCUGGUGAUUCUCUACAAGUAUCCCUACAGGGAGUCAGAUAUCAGCAAGAUUGUGCUGCAUCUAAUCUACAUCACAAUCAACACUCUCAACGCACAGUACCACAGCUGUAAAUCCCAUCCUUCUGCUGGCCCUCUUUACAGCGAUAACAGUAAUAUCAGCAAAUACAGUGAGAAAGAAAAAGAAGAAGAUAGUGUUUUUGAUGAGUCAGAUGUACACGAUACGCCAACUGGAGCCUGCAACAAGGAGUCACAGACCUUCUUUGCAAGACUGAAAAGGAUAGGGGGCAGUAAAUCAGUAAAAUACCAGCCAGUGGAAAUGAAUGCACAGAAGAGCUCGGAGAUCGAGUUGUCGGAGUACCGGGAAUCCAGCCUUUUGCCAGAUAAUAUAAUACGCUGUGGCAUGUCUCCACAACAGCAAGAAAGGGUGGUUCAAAAGAAGAAAUUGCACUCAAUUAAGCAGCAGUCACUAGAUAUAGGAAAUGCAGAUUCAGUGCUGUAUUCUUUAGAUGAGCAUCGAAGAAGGUCCUGUAUAGAUCGAUGUGAAGCAGAAAACCAAUCUGGUUUUGCCCCCUGUUGUACUCCGAACGAAAACACCUAUGGAAGGUCAGGCCAGGAACUAUCAGUAGAAAUUGGAGUGAUUCAGGAAAAACCUUCACCUGCAGCAAAUUCUCAAGACGGGAAGCGUCGAGUGAUACCGGAGGUUAGGCUGAAUUGCACAGAAACAUUUGAGGUCAAAGUUGAAUCUCCUGACAAACCUUGCCGCAGAGAUGAAAUUGAUCUGAUUGAUUUAUCUUCCGACUCAUCAUCUGCCCCUGAGAAGCAAUCGAUUCUCUCGAGUUCUGAUAGUGAUUCAUUGAUUUUUGAGCCUCUCCCUCCUCUUAGGAUUGUGGAGAGCGAUGAGGAGUAUGAAACACAGAACAGCCCUAAAGAUAAACCAAACGGCAAAACUCAUACUGCAUCGUGCGUCGCCACAUCACUGAGUUUGAAUGUCACCCCAGUUGUAAGAGUCAGUGUGGAAGAUUGCUCAAAAGGCUCGCAAUUCCUGGAUUUUGGGGCUAAGACUUUGUUGGCGACUGAAAAUGUUUUAUCAAUAGCUCUUAGUCCUCACAAAACCUUUGAAGUUGCACCACACUCAGCAGACGCCAAAUUUACUGGUUGCGAAAGCCCACUAACUCUUAAGCAGAAGAGAGAAAACCUCCGAAAAACAUCUGCACUGCCCGAAAUAUCACUCGACGAUUCUUGUGGGGUGCAGGAAGGAGAGAUUAAACCUGGCAGCCCAUUACGCAGUCCCACCGUUAAAACUGUGUUUCUCAAACUUCCGACAGAAUCUCAAAAUGGGGCAGAGAGUGACAAAUCAAACACUGAACUGGUUAUCCAAAAAAACAGUGAACAAAACGAACAAAAGCAGGAAAGUGGUGAAGAAUCAGAGUUCAGAAUUCAGAUUGUUCCCAGGCAGAAGAAGCAUAGGAAAAUCGCUGUCAGUGCUAUCCAAAGGGAAUACCUUGACAUUUCCUUCAACAUUUUAGACAAACUUGGGGAUCAAAGAGAGACUGAUCAGUCUGUUAAAGGCCUUCCUGCUCUGGAUAAUCCAAGUGAAUCUGCCUCUGCUCCAACACUAGAAGCAGCUCUGCCAGAGACAAGUAGCCACUCUUCCAUCUCAACUCAAUAUAGGCAAAUGAAAAGGGGAUCCCUGGGAGCCCUGACACUGAGCCAGUUAAUGAAGAGACAACUGGAACAUCAGUCCAGUGUACCUCACAACAUCAGUAACUGGGACACUGGUGCUACAAAAUCUAGUUUAUUAUCAGCACAGAGCAUUGUCAGCAUGUUUGUCCCUGCACCAGAAGAAUUUUCGGAUGAUCAGCCAACUCUAAUAUCAGACAGAUGUCAUGACUGUGGGGCUGUUCUUGAAGAAUACGAUGAGGAAACGUUAGGAUUGGCUAUUGUUGUUCUUUCCACAUUUACUCACUUGAGCCCUGACUUAGCUGCCCCUUUACUGCUUGAUAUUUUACAGUCAGUUGGACGAUUGGCAUCAAGCACUAUAUUUUCUGGUCAGGCAGAGAGCAUGCUGAUUCCUGGCAAUGCUGCUGGAGUCGCAAAGCAAUUUCUACGUUGCACUUUCCAUCAGCUGGCUCCAAAUGGUAUAUUUCCACAGCUAUUCCAGAGCAAUAUCAAAGAUGGAAGCUUCCUUCGAACUUUAGCCUCCUCUUUGAUGGACUUCAACGAGCUGAGCUCAGUGGCAGUGCUGAAUCAACUGCUGGAGGGUUUAAACAAUAAGAAGAACUUGCCAGCAGGAGGAGCCAUGCUUCGAUGUUUAGACAACAUAGCCACCUACAUGGAAGCUUUGCCUAUGGACUCACCCAGUACCUUGUGGACAACCAUAUGCAAUCAGCUUCAAACAUUCCUGACCAAGUUACCCUGCAUAUUACCACUGAAGUGCUGCCUGGAUUCAAGUUUGAGGAUCAUGAUUUGUCUGCUUAAGAUCCCCACCAUCAAUGCAACACGGAGCCUUUUGGAACCGUUUUCCAAAUUGUUGAGUUUUGUGAUUCAGAAUGGAGUAUUCAGCCUCGUGUACCUGGUUGAAUUGUGUGGUCUGUGCUACCGGGCGUUCAAUAAGGAACGGGAUAAGUUCUACCUGUCACGAAGUGUGGUAUUGGAACUGUUGCAAGCAUUAAAGUUAAAGACACCAUUACCAGAUACAAACAUGCUGCUUCUAGUACAGUUUGUUUGUGCAGAUGCAGGAACAAAAAUAGCUGAAUCGACAAUUCUGCAGAAACACAUGAUUGCUUCUGUCCCUGGAUACAUAACUGCAGCAAUGGAGUGCAUGAGGCAGUAUAUAGGUGAAGUGCUGGACUUUAUAGCUGAUAUGCAUACUCUAACAAAAUUAAAGAGUCAUAUGAAGACUUGUUCACAGCCUCUGCAUGAAGAUACAUUUGGCGGGCAUCUGAAAGUUGGACUAGCACAGAUAGCAGCGAUGGAAAUCACCAAAGGAAAUCACCGUGAUAAUAAAGCAGUCAUUCGUUUUUUGCCAUGGCUGUACCAUCCUCCCUCUGCAAUGCAACAAGGUCCAAAAGAAUUCAUCGAGUGUGUUUCCCAUGUGCGCUUGUUGUCAUGGCUGCUUCUGGGGUCUCUUAGCCAUAGCGUUGUGUGUUCUGGAUCCACUUCAUGCAUGCCUAUUCCUUUGGACGCUGGUUCACAUGUUGCAGAUCACCUUGUAGUUAUCUUGAUUGGAUUUCCUGAGCAAUCCAAGACAUCAGUGUUGCACAUGUGCUCCCUUUUCCAUGCCUUCAUUUUCGCUCAGCUCUGGACAAUCUAUUGUGAGCAAUUAGCUUCCACUCCGACAGUCCAGAACCAGAAUGAGUUUGUCUCCACGGCCAUUCUGACAGCUCUUGAAUUCUGGAGUCGUGUGACGCCUAGUAUCUUACAGCUAAUGGUCCAUAACAAAGUGAUGGUAGAAAUGGUUUGCCUACACGUUAUCAGCCUAAUGGAGGCUCUUCAGGAAUGCAAUUCAACCAUCUUUGUAAAACUUAUUCCAAUGUGGUUACCAAUGAUUCAGUCAAAUUUGAAGUAUCUAUCAGCAGGUCUUCAACUGCGCCUUCAAUCCCUCCAGCACAACGUAAAUCAUCACAUCCUACGAUCACUCCAGGACUCUGGGCAGAUGAGCCCAAGUUCGUUAGUGCUCCACAAGUGGCUGCAAUGCACUCAGUUCAAAAUGGCUCAAGUGGAAAUACAGUCUUCUGAAGCUGCAUCUCAGUUUUAUCCUCUUUAAGUUCUCUUCUAGCUUAGACCUUGCUUGGAACAGAACCGCAUCUAGGUAACCAUAAAUCCUCUGCUAAAAAUAUCAGUGUUGAACCGAACAGCCUAAUGUGGAGGUAAAUAUUUGACCUCUUUUGCAAUUGUGGCUGAUUAAAAUCUCGAUUGCUUUGUACAAUUAUAGUAGAGUGUGUUUUCUUGAGUAGAGGGCGAUCUUAUUGGGUAGAAUAUAGUAGAAAUUGGGGAAAAUAUUUUCUGGCAAACUAAUUUAAUGGAGACUCCUUUGUUGUUAAAUGCAGCAAGUCCCUUAAAAAUAGUGUUUGAAGUCAGUUUGAUUUUGUAGAUACAGUAAGUGGGUUCGUAUUGCAAAAUUUAAUUGAUCACAAAAAGUUGUUCCCUCCUGAAUCACAGAGUUACAAUAUUAUGCAUCAGAUGUGCUGCACAUUUACACAAUGUGAGAAGCCAUAACACUGCACAUUCGUUUCAAUAAACUGAUAUAAUGAUUGAUUUUACAUAGUUGUUUAUUUAGCUUUUAAUACCCAUGAACUGAUCUAUAUUUACAAAUGGUAACUGCUGUUGAGAAUAUAACCAACGAAUGAGUCAAAAUGUCUGUUUGCCUUUUUAAAGUCAUCUCUCGCGUCUUCUUGAAAGCCUAUAAAUACUGUACAAUAAUUCAAAUUUUAUGUAAUCAAUUCGUGAUGUCCUGUCUUUUCCUAUUUGUAUUCUCUCAGAAGAUGUACAGCACUUCUGAAACAUGAAUCCUUUCAUCUUUGUGCUGCUGCAAUUAUCUUCUACACGCACAACAAACAUAAUUCAUGUCCUGAUUUUUUUUCUGUGGAAAUGAAAUGCAAUUCUAGACAGUAUGAAUGAAAUGUCUGGGCAAAAGUUGUAUGAGGACAAUAAAGUUUGCAAUAAUGUUCCAAAUAAAUGACUUCACCAAUACUUACUCAGA